AUGCAGCAAACAGUGAAUCAGCAGCUCCUGCUGCCGAAGAAAAUUCGCUUAGGCAAGACUAAUUUAUCAGAAGAACCUGAAAAUGAUCUUGAAUCGACUUUCACCAACGAUGAAAGCUUAUCAUCUUCUUUGGAAUUGGUGGAGAUAAAAGAUACAAGAAUAGGCCGUGAUGAACCAUUUGAUUUUGGAAAACGUACAUUGAAGGCUGACGACGAAGUAUGGAACCAUAAUGCCUGGGAUAAUGUCGAAUGGGGUGAAGAACAAGUUUUGGCUGCAGAAGAAAAGAUUCAAAAACAAUACAAGGACCCUGUUCCAGAAUUUGACAAGAAUCUAUACAAUAGUAAUCCUGCUCGUUACUGGGACAUAUUUUAUAAAAACAAUAGGGAAAAUUUCUUCAAAGACAGAAAAUGGCUUCAAAUCGAGUUCCCAUCUUUAUAUGAAGCGACUAAACCUGAUGCUGGUCCAGUUACCGUUUUUGAAAUUGGAUGUGGUGCCGGUAACACGUUCUUCCCAAUUCUGACUGAGAAUCAAAACGAACAAUUGAGAAUAGUAGCAGCUGACUUUGCUCCAAGAGCUGUCGAGUUAGUGAAGACUUCAGAUCAAUUCAAUCCAAAAUAUGGACACGCAACAGUGUGGGAUCUUGCAAAUAUUGAAGGAGAAUUACCGGACGGGAUAGAGCCAAAUUCUGUCGAUAUUGCUGUUAUGAUCUUCGUGUUUAGUGCACUAUCACCUGAACAAUGGAGUAAGGCAAUGGAUAACCUUCAUAAAAUCCUAAAGCCAGGUGGUAAGAUACUGUUCCGUGAUUAUGGACGUUAUGAUCUAGCUCAGGUACGGUUCAAAAAGAAUAGACUACUGGAUGAUAAUUUCUACGUUAGAGGAGAUGGAACAAGAGUGUAUUUCUUCACUGAACAAGAACUGCGCGACAUCUUCACUGAAAAAUAUUUCGUUGAGAAACAGAUUGGAACAGACAGAAGACUAUUGGUCAAUCGUAAAAGACAACUAAAGAUGUAUCGUGUAUGGUUACAGGCAGUUUUUGAAGUCCCUAAUGAUGUUUCAACUGAGUAA